CGUUGUUGUAACCAAACUUGGAAUCUGAAUAUCAUGAAUGAAUAUCUGAAGUCAUGAAUGAAGUUUGUUAGUCGCCGUGCACACUAAUCAAAUGUUAACCAUGGAUAGUUGUCCGGGGAUUAAGCAGUCGUCAGAAGUAAUUCAGCAAAGCAUUGUCAGGCGGCUGGAUGAUAUUUAUGCGGACAGUGUCCUGGACGGUGCAGAUUCGCUGCAAAAGAGAGUAAAAACAAAGAAGUCACUUCGGCAGAGAGAUGCAGACAGUACUGAAGAAAGGCACACAAAUGCAGUUCAGCGUUCACAACGCCGGAAGGAAAAAAAGAAAAAUCGGAAGAAAAAGUUGAAGAUGGCGGCUGCGCUACAAGUACAAGAAGAUUCCAUUCGAAUAGGUGUGUCAUCGCUGCCCAAACUUAGAACUGCAAAUGGAAAAAAACCAGUGACUGGAAAGCGGAAAAUUCUCCUCGAUAUCAAAUCUGAGUUAGGAUUAGAUGACAAAGCCCGCGUGAAUGUCUCCAAACCGAAACAGUUGCCACCGACUAACGAAGAUGGUAAAAGACAGCCAGAGGUUAUCAUCUUUGAGGAUCAUCGCAAUAAGAACAAAAAGCAGCAGAAAAAUAAGCGAGUAACGACUGCACCCAGCAAUGAUACACCCAAACACUCUGGUGGAGAGGCGGAACAACAGGGGGCACUAAGUCUGAGGGAGGCACGGCACGACGUCUUUAGGUUUGGCAUCACGGGCUUCGAGCGGCGUAAGAAGGAAGAAGCCAGAGUAGAACUUCUUGUUAAGCUCGGGGCAAAACGACCGAAAAACAAGUGCAUCAAUUACCCUGAGUACAUGGAGAUGAAGAGGAGGGAGAAGGAGGCAGCAAAGCAGGAGAUGGAGCUGCAGCGGACACAGGGAUACAGUGUGAAGAAGCAGCCAGCAGCGAAGAGAAAACGAGACAAGGAUGAUGUGCUCAGGAGCCUGGAUGCACCCGUCGGGAAAUACAGAGGCGGCAUGCUGUCUCUCAGUAGAGACGAGAUUAAUAACAUAAAGAAAUCGAAAUUAAAACACAUGUAAAUGGCGAGCAAGAUCUCUGUGGCUCUGUUAUACUGUCAUUUUACGUACGUGUAAUACUUUGUACGAAGUACUAAGUACAAAGAUCCAUGCCUUUAUAGUUUUACUUGACAACUAGUGUAAUAGUAAUUUAAUUAUGUAGGUAACUGUAAAUAAAGGAAUAGGGAAUUUUUUAAAUGAAAUGUCACUCAUAUAUCGUUCUUGUGUGUAUAUAAGUAGUGGGGGUUUACGAAUACAAAACAGACUUCAUGUGGAACAAUGAAAUUCAACUUGAAUUGAUAAUGAUUGUGAGGAGCAAAAUUUAAACGUGUUUUCUGUUACUAUCUAUUUGAGGUAGGUGAAAGCUUAUGAAAGGUGUAUAUUAUUAGUUCCGGUGACUUCAUAAUUAUAUAAAAUUACUAAAAAUAAGGUACCUCUUGCUUGAAUUGGCCCAGAUCACAGCACGACAUCGGAAUGCCCAGCAUGUUCAGAAGGACAGCAUGCAGCACGCGCCGAUGGCAACAUUAUACUGCCGUUUUGCAAAUAUUCCGAGGUGAGCCAAUUACGUAAAAUUAUGUUUUUACAUAAUUUCCUACUUUUUAUCAAUGAAGUGAAACGACAACACCCUACUGUAUAUCCUCAUAGUGUAGGCUUAAUAAUAGUAGAAUGCAUAAGAAACAUGACAGUUGACCAACUACGAAUUCUAGUAAUCCGGUACAAUUCCAUUUUAAUAUACUUGGAAUUGUUGAACAGCAACAAUAUUUGCAUGAAGAACAAAGUUAUCGUGUUGUUACAGGUGUAAAAAAAAUCGCUGUACUGACAACUGUUACACUGACAAAAAUAAAAUGGAUCAUAUACUCUUCAUUGAAAAGGUGUGGUAACUUCAUACUUCAAAGCAGUUUGUUGAAGACAGUAAGGUAGUAAGUAAGUUUGUUGAAGAAGGCUACACCAAUAUGACUAGUAAAAAAAGUAUACUAUGUUUUAUAAAACAUACUCCAUGCCUACAUCUAGCACACUGCUUUCCAUACUCCAUUUUUUUAUUUGCAGUAUUUAGUUGGGAAAUGUAAUUCAGUACAUCAUUGUAACAUGUCUUGAGGAUUGAAUAAAAAAAAGAAAUGUGAUGCUUAUAUA